GAAACCGAAAGCAAGUGUUUGUUGGACGGAGCCUCAAAAUGUCAUAAUUAUUAUGCUCCCUAUCAACAGUGCUCGGGACUCAGCUGCACAGCCCAGGUUAGCCAAGUUUCCAAGUGAAAGGAGUCAGCCGUUCUUUCCACUUUCCAUCUCUCAAGACUUGACUUUCAUGUCCUACCACUAACAGUGCAAAGCUUUGUGAGGCGGAAGCUUUAAACUAUCAGGACAUAACACUAAUCCCUGAACUGACGACUUAGGCUGCUUGUGGAGAGAGAAUCCAGUGAGAAUUGAAACUGGCCAGCUUCCGGUUGGCUUUGCCGCCACCACACCGCCGCCAUGCCUUCCCUGCUCGCCGCUGUGUUUUCCCUGUGGUGAUGAAAUCUACUCUUCUGGAACUGUGUCAUUGCACAUUCUCCAAAUAAUAAGAAGGCAGUUAACAAAAGAAAGAGCAGAGGGCUUGGAUUUAGAAGACUUGCGCUUGGGCCAUCUACUCAUCUUUUGCAAGCUGUGUGGCAUCAGGCUGAUCUCGAGGCUGUAAGAUGGAGAGUGAAUAUAGGAAAAUACUGUUGUUGAACGGCCUGGACCAAAUCACAGAGGAGGAGCUGAAACGGUUCAAGUUCCUUGUCACAGACAAGUUCGGCAUCCCGAGGAGCAAGCUGGAGGAAGCUACAAACAGGACAGAGUUAGCAGACCUGCUGAUUCAGAGUACAACAAACCCAUCAACUGCACUGAAAAAGACUAUUCGUCUGCUCCUGGACUUGAAUUAUAGGAAUGCUGCAAAUUCUCUUCAGGAGGCAAAGAAAACAGUUGAUAGUCGAUUCAAGACAAACACAAAGAAGAAAGAAACACAGCAAGUAAGAAAAAGAAGUCAAGCUGAAAACUGUUCUGGUGCCUCUGCUGCUAGCACAGACCAAGUCUCCAAGAAACGCCCUGCUGCAGCAGUCUGUCCUCAAGCCAAGCAUUGUCAGGCUAAAAAGGCCAAGAAUAUGACGGGCAGUUCUACAAAGACAGUGACUGUGAAGAAUACUAAAGAGGCUCACCAUCAGAAAACAAAAACAAAGAAAACUAAGAAGAAACAACCAAAGAAGAAACAAAACAAUUAAAUAUCAGAAUGACACAAACUGACAAUGUCUGAAAUCCUACAUUUUCUACCUGAUGCAGAAGUGAACGAAAAACAUUAAGUGUGCUUAUGAAAUCAUUAAAACACUGUGUUUGUAAUAUC